CACAGAGCUGUUUGUGCUAACAGGAAACAGGAGAAGUUGUGAUGUUCAGUAUCCUCACAUUGGUCUAAUUCCUAAUGUUUCACCAGGACUGACAGAAAUCAGCUCCUGUGAACAGAAAGAAACACAGAUGUUAACAACUGCAUUGUAACACAAAUCAAGUCAACACAACAAGAGUCCAAACAGGUCAAAUAUCAGCUUCUUACCUGCACAGGUGAAGCAGAAAUAGGAUCCCACUAAAGAUUUAGAUCAAUUCACGAAGGCCAACACACAGUUAGUAGUUACAACCAGUAAAUAUCCAGCUCCCUUUAAAAACUAAAAUCACUGUUAUUUCUCAGACUGUGAGAAGUCAUAAUACUACUGCUGCUGUAUCUCAGUAUCAUCAGUUCUCUCUCAUCUGUCAACAGAUGUGAGCAGUCACAGGAAUCAGCCAGCAGGUGGCAGCACAUCAUUAUAACAGUAGUGGGAUAGUCAUGAACAGAUUGAUAUGACAGUUUGUGACUGGUUGACUCUGAGGGAGACUGGUGUGCAGUCCAUACAUGUUGAUGUUUUUCAUCAUCAACCCAGCAUGAAAAAGCAGAGUUUCAUGUGUAAUAAAUGUGAGGACUUCCCAAACAUGUCUCCAUUUUUCUCUAUUGUGUUUGAAAUGUUGUAUUUAAGAAAAAGUUGAAGUGAGCUGGAUUUUAGGAGGAUAUUGUACAGUAUCUACAGUAUACGACUUUGACACCAGAAUGAAGGUGAGCAGUGUUUUCAAGUUAGACAUGAGCCUCAUUGUGUAAAAAGGGUUAAACAAACAGAGCUUGAUAACUCCAUCUUCUUCCUGCUCUCAAAACACAACAAGCUCCACUCAUUUCAUUGUUCCCUCCCCUUCAGAUUUACAGUUUGAUGAUGGGUGUAACCAACAUGUGGUAAGCUGUCAGCUGACAUUUACAGACAGUCAUUGUGACUGAGAGCUGACAUGGCGCAGCAAGGAGCUCAGCUGGACCAAGAAAACUUUUCUUGUUCGAUCUGUUUGGAUCUACUGAAGGAUCCAGUGGCUAUUCCCUGUGGACAUAGCUACUGUAUGAGCUGUAUUAAAAAACACUGGGAAAGAGAGGAUCAGAGGAAGAUCUAUAGCUGCCCUCAGUGCAGACAGACCUUCACACCGAGGCCCGUCCUGAUGAAAAACACCAUGUUAGCAGCUUUAAUGGAGCAGCUGAAGAAGACUGGACUCCAAGCUGCUCCUGCUGAUCUUGGCUGUGCUGAACAUGAAGAUGUGGCCUGUGAUUUCUGUACUGGGAGGAAACUGAAAGCCCUAAAGUCCUGUUUGCAGUGUCUGGCUUCUUAUUGUGAGAAACACCUCCAGCCUCAUUAUGAAUCACCUGCAUUCAAAAAACACAAGCUGGUCGACCCCUCAGAGAAGCUCCAGGAGAACAUCUGCUCUCGUCAUGAUGAGGUGAUGAAGAUGUUCUGUCGUACUGAUCAGCAGAGUAUCUGUUCUCUCUGCUCUGUGGAUGAACAUAAAGGCCACGACACAGUCUCAGCUGCAGCAGAAAGGACUGAGAGGCAGAGAAAGCUCGAGGUGAGUCGACUAAACAUCCAGCAGAGAAUCCAGGACAGAGAGAAAGAUGUGAAGCUGCUUCAACAGGAGGUGGAGGCCGUCAGUCUCUCUGCUGAUAAAGCAGUGGAGGACAGUGAGAAGAUCUUCACUGAGCUGAUCCAUCUGCUCCAGAAAAGAAGCUCUGAUGUGAAGCAGCAGAUCAGAUCCCAGCAGGAAACUGAAGUGAGUCGAGUCAAAGAGCUUCAGGAGAAGCUGCAGCAGGAGAUCACUGAGCUGAAGAGGAAAGAUGCUGAACUGAAGCAGUUCUCACACACAGAGGAUCACAACCAGUUUCUACACAACUACCCCUCAGUGUCACAACUCAGUGAACCUACAGACUCAUCCAGCAUCAAUAUCCAUCCUCUGAGAUACUUUGAGGAUGUGACAGCAACUGUGUCAAAGCUCAGAGGUAAACUACAGGACAUCCUGAAGGAGGAAUGGACAAACAUCUCACUGACAGUGACUGAAGUGGAUGUUUUACUGUCAGAUUCAAAAACAGAGCCCAAGACCAGAGCUGGAUUCUUAAAAUAUUCACGUGAAAUCACUCUAGAUCCAAAUACAGUACACACAGAGUUAUUAUUAUCAUCUGAGGGGAACAGAAAAGUAAAAAGAAUGAGUCAACAACAGUCUUAUUUUAGUCAUCCAGAAAGAUUCAAUAAAUAUUAUCAGGUCCUGAGUAGAGAGAGUCUGACAACACGUUGUUAUUGGGAGGUGGAGUGGAGCGGGAGAGGGGUUGGUGUAGCAGUCGCAUACAAGAAUAUCAGCAGAGUAGGAGGCGCAAAUGGAUGUGUAUUUGGAUUAAAUGACAAAUCUGUUAUGUUACUUUGUGACAGUAACACUUACACAUUCUGGUUCAACAACAUCUCAACUCCUGUCUCAGGUCCUGUUUCCUCCAGAGUCGGAGUGUACCUGGAUCACAGAGCAGGUAUUCUGUCCUUCUACAGCAUCUCUAAAACCAUGACUCUCCUCCACAGAGUCCAGACCACAUUCACUCAGCCUCUCUAUGCUGGAAUUAAGCUUAAUUAUGUUGGAGCCACAGCUGAGUUGUGUAAACAUCUGCAGUUUGAAGAUGGGUGCAACCAAUAUGUGGUGAGCUGUCAGCUGACAUUUAGUGAAGCAACACAGGCUGUUUAUAUCGGAGUUCAAGCUUGUUUCACUUGUCAGAAAGUGAAAGACACAUCAUUGUUACUGAGAGCUGAAAUGGCACAGCAAGGAGCUCAGCUGGACGGAACAAAAUUCUGCUGUUCGAUUUGUUUGAAUCUAUUGAAAGAUCCGGUGACUAUUCCCUGUGGACACAGCUACUGUAUGAGCUGUAUUAAUAAUUUCUGGGAUGAAGAGGAUGAGAACAAAAUAUGUAGCUGCCCUCAGUGCAGACAGACCUUCACACCGAGGCCUGUCCUGAUGAAAAACACCAUGUUAACAUCUUUAGUUGAGCAGCUGAAGAAGACUGGACUCAAAGCUGCUGCUGCUGAUCUCUGUUAUGCUGGACCUGAAGAUGUGGCCUGUGAUUUCUGCACUGGGAGGAAGAGGAAAGCCCACAAGUCAUGUCUGCAGUGUCUGGCCUCUUACUGUGAGAAUCACCUCCAGCCUCAUUAUGAAUCACCUACAUUCAAAAAACACAAGCUAGUCGACCCCUCGGAGAAUGUCCAGGAGAACAUCUGCUCUCAUCAUGAUGAAGUGAUGAAGAUGUUCUGUCGUACUGAUCAGCAGAGUAUCUGUUAUCUCUGCUCUGUGGAUGAACAUAAAGGUCACGACACAGUCUCAGCUGCAGCAGAAAUAAAAGACAGGCAGAGAGAGCUCGAGGUGAGUCGACUAAACAUCCAGCAGAGAAUCCAGGACAGAGAGAAAGAUGUGAAGCUGCUUCAACAGGAGGUGGAGGCCGUCAAUCGCUCUGCUGAUGAAGCAGUGGAGGACAGUGAGAAGAUCUUCACUGAGCUGAUCCGUCUUCUCCAGAAAAGAAGCUCUGAUGUGAAGCAGCAGAUCAGAUCCCAGCAGGAAACUGAAGUGAGUGGAGUCAAAGAGCUUCAGGAGAAGCUGCAGCAGGAGAUCACUGAGCUGAGGAGGAAAGACGCUGAACUGAAGAAGCUCUCUGAGGAUCACAACCAGUUUCUACACAACUACCCCUCAGUGUCACAACUCUGUGAACCUACAGACUCAUCCAGCAUCAAUAUCCGUCCUCUGAGAUACUUUGAGGAUGUGACAGCAGCUGUGUCAAAGCUCAGGGAUAAACUACAGGACAUCCUGAAGGAGGAAUGGACAAACAUCUCAUUGACAGUGACUGAAGUGAAAGUUUCAGAACCACAGCCCAAGACCAGGAAUGAGUUCUUAAAAUAUUCACAUGAAAUCACUCUGGAUCCAAACACAUCACACGAAGAAGUGUUACUAUCUGAUGGGAACAGAAAAGCAGAACGAGUGAGUCAACAACAGUCUUAUUCUAGUCAUCCAGACAGAUUCACUGUUUAUUGUCAGGUCCUGAGUAGAGAGAGUCUGACUGGACGUUGUUACUGGGAGGUGGAGUGGAGAGGAGGAGCAGUUCGUGUAGCAGUCGCAUACAAGAAUAUCAGGAGAGAAGGAGAGGCAAAUGAAUGCCUAUUUGGAUUUAAUGACAAAUCUUGGAUGUUAUAUUUUGACACUGACAGUUAUGGGUUCUGGUUCAACAGUAUUAAAAUUCCCAUCUCAGAUCCUGUAUCCUCCAGAGUAGGAGUGUACCUGGAUCACAGAGCAGGUAUUCUGUCCUUCUACAGCGUCUCUGAAACCAUGACUCUCCUCCACAGAGUCCAGACCAUAUUCACUCAGCCUCUCUAUGCUGGAGUUUGUCUUCAUGAUGGAGAUGCAGCUGAGUUCUGUAAACUCAAAUAG